AUGGAAAGCAUUCUCGAAAAAUUGAAAAAUCUAUGGCAAGUUAGACAACAUACAAUCUAUGAAGGUAAUACAUAUAUCAUCGGUGACUUUUUAGUUCGAGUUGCGGCUCCCAAACAUGCUAAUUACAAAGGAAUGCUCGUAGAGGUUGAAUAUAUUUCAACGAUUAAUCCUUAUGCAGCGGCGCCUAUUUUAAGAGAAUUCAUUGAAAUGUUAAAAUCACCAGAAAUUGAUAUUGAACAGUGGGAACCCAAUGCAGAAGAUUCUUUUUCAAAAAUUGGAUUAUCUGAUGAUUCAUUUACUAGAGCACAUACCGACUAUCAAUAUAUGAAGUUAUUCAAGAAUUGGGAUUUAUUUUAA